AUGAACCAGGCGGAAGUGAGCGCGCUUGCACAGCGGCGCGAGAAGCUCGCUGCCGGUCGCAGAACCGGAGUGGAAGGCUUGGUUACGAACCCGCGUCUACUGAGCAUUGCGCUUGUUGCGGCGCUAGGCGGUCUGAACUAUGGAUAUGAACAGGGUUCUUAUGCACAAGUGCUCGUGAUGCCUUCCUUCACCAAUGACCCUCGCUUCUCAAGAAUCGCCACGGACUCGUCAUUCAAGGGCUGGACUGUAUCCGUACUGCCACUCGGUGGAUGGCUCGGCGCUCUGCUCAACGGCUACUUCGUCGGGCGAUUCGGGCGUAGAUGGGCAAUAUCUGCAGCAUCUUUCAUGUGUGUACUUGGAGGUGCACUGCACUCACAACUGCUGCCAUGA